AUGAGGAAGCCUCCAGGGCAACACAGUGGCCAUGGGAGGGGGGAAAGGGACGUGGACCUGCCACAGCAGUCAGUGACGCUGAUGCUUAUCUCAGCAGAGGAACGACACAGCAGCAGCAGCAGCAGCAGCAUCCGCCUGAUGAGGUCCCAUGGCGAUAAUAAUAACGCCUCACACUCGCGGUCAGUCAUAGCAUCACUACAAGCCAUCCAUAAUGUCUCAGAUCCUCGACUAACUCCGUCACAGGACAACACAUCUCAGUCACAGGAUGACACAUCUCAGUCACAGGACGACACAUCUCAGUCACAGGACGACACAUCUCAGUCACAGGACGACACAUCUCAGUCACCGGACGACACAUCUCAGUCACAGGACGACACAUCUCAGUCACAGGACGACACAUCUCAGUCACCGGACGACACAUCUCAAUCACAGGACGACACAUCUCAGUCACAGGACGACACAUCUCAGUCACAGGACGACACAUCUCAGUCACAGGACGACACAUCUCAGUCACAGGACGACACAUCUCAGUCACCGGACGACACAUUCAUCACAAGAGCACAUCCUCUAAGUCUACAAAGUCACUGCCAACUAAAACUAUCCUUUAAAAUUAGAUCAUUUGAUUUAGGUCGUUUGCUUAAAUUUAAUUAA